GUAGGCAACUGUUACAGACGUCUUCCCACAUAUAAAUUGCCACGCCUGUUCUACACUUUUCCAUCCGCAUCUCUGCAAGACGCAACCCAACUCAACCGGUUUGAGUGUCACCCCGCAACACAGAGUGCUGAAAGAUGGAGCCCGUCCCCCUUCGCGCAGCUAUCGGGGCGGACAUGGCCAAGAACUUUCAAUAUACCGACGCGGACGUUACCGCAUCCGACGAGUGCUUCAUCUGUAUGCAGCCUUACGCUCCAUUCAACCCCGUUGGCUGUCAUGCCAUAAAGCUGAAACCAUGCGGUCACGUCGUGGGCUUUCAGUGUCUGAGCAAAUGGAACGCAACAAAUCCUGAAGCGGCAUGCCUCUUGUGCCGGCAGAGGCUUGCCUUGCAAUUCGCCAGCAAAAUCGAUCAAGUUCUUCUCUGGCUCGCACGGUCUGAGUUCUUCGACGCCUUUGAUGAUCUAUUGGCCGCGAUGCAUAGGGACGACGACCCACGGAAGACAUACCAUCUACGCAACGCGCUUGUACGUGGCGAGAUUACGAUUUCGGAACGUCUCCGCCUAUUGCGCGAUGUCGUCGAGCUGCAUUCAUGGGUACACGCUGUCAUCGCCGUUAUCUACAUCUUCGGUCUAGCUCUGGUUUCCGCCGGCACUCAGAUAGUGUUUUCCGCUCUGGAAAACACCACUGUAGGCUGUGCCGAAGCGCUAGUACCGAGAUGGCGUCCCCAAGCAGCAGCAUUCCUUCAAGGCGUUGACAUCUGGAUCUUUGGCGAGGGAAAUGUGAUUUGGCGACUGGUGCACUUGCGCCCUAUUCCUUGGAUUAUCAUUCGGACUCUGCUCGGCGCUCACGGUUUUCUGUAUGCCUUCUUCGUUUCCACGUCAAUGGCUAUAUGCCUGUUGGCGGGUCGUCACUGAAGCAGUACCCACAGCGAAGAGGAUGGCCGGACAUGAGGUUGGAUGAUACCUUUUGGGAGCGACCUCGCGCACUGAUGCAGUAGAUCAGUUAUCUGUAUGCAAAUGGUUAGCCAAGUUUGCAAGGUGGCAGCAGGAUGUAGGCGCAUGUGAGCUGUUCGAUGAGUUCGUAUUCUCAUCUGCAUAUUGGGAUUCGAUAGAAGCGUUGGCGUGUGUUUCUGUGUCAUUCAUGCCAUGCGGUAUUGAGACUAUAUCAUGAGUAUGUAUAUCAAUAAGAAAAGGCAUCAUUCCGAUGAGAUCUUGUGUCGUUGAUU